AUGAAGCUCACUAUCGCGUCGUCUGUACUUCUCGGGCUUAUUGCCGCCGUUGAAGCUGCAAAGCACGGACAUGGGCACAACCACAAUCACCAACGCGAUGUGAACUCCGCCGCAGAAGUGGAGGCACCUUUGGAGAAGAGAGGAGGAAGCUGUGAAUUUCCCAAGGAUGCCGGCUUGGUGGCCGUUACUCCGAACCUCAAGAAUGCCGGUUGGGCCAUGAGCCCGGAUCAGCCAUGUAAGCCGGGCAAUUACUGCCCGUACGCCUGUCCUCCUGGUCAGGUGUCAAUGCAGUGGGAUCCUGAGGCCACCUCGUAUAGUUAUCCCAUGUCAAUGAAUGGUGGUCUCUACUGUGAUGAAGAUGGUAAAAUCCAGAAGCCAUUCCCUAACAAGCCCUACUGUCAGGAUGGUACCGGUGCUGUGGGCGCGCGGAACAAGUGUAACGGCCAGGUCUCAUUCUGUCAGACCGUGUUGCCCGGCAAUGAAGCCAUGCUGAUUCCAACCCUGGUCGAGGAGCUGGCCACGCUCGCUGUGCCUGAUCUCAGCUACUGGUGUGAGACUGCCGCCCACUUCUAUAUCAACCCUCCCGGCUAUGACACCGAGACUGCGUGCGUCUGGGGUACCUCGGACCAACCCUUAGGCAACUGGACGCCUUAUGUUGCCGGUGCUAAUACCGACGGCGACGGAAACACUUUCGUCAAGAUUGGUUGGAACCCGAUCUACCUGGAGCCGACCACCCCUUUCCGUGACGUGGUGCCCGACUUCGGAGUCGAAAUUGAGUGCGAGGGUGAUGGCUGCAAUGGUCUGCCGUGCAAGAUUGACCCGGCUGUUAACGGCGUCAAUGAGGUUACUGGUAGCUCUUCAAAAGGUGCCGGCGGUGGUGCGUUCUGUGUGGUGACGGUACCUAAGGGCGAGAAAGCCAAUAUUGUCGUAUUUGAAAAGAGUGGCAGCAGUGGUGGUGGAUCUUCGUCAUCCACUACCGUUUCUAGUAGCUCCAGCACUAUCAACCGGCAGCCAGUCCAGAGAACUGGGUCAGAGAAUUCCUAUCAGGCUCUAGUUCUACCUGCGCAGCGUCUACACCACAUGUGGAACCUUUGCAGAUAUGGGGUUCACUAG